CGCGUAAUUGCCUACGUGUCAUUUUAACUACUUUAAUUUAUACUUCAUUUUCCUUAUUCUGGACCUUAACGUUUCUUUCACUUCUUCACCCCACACCAACAAAAAUUUCUACUUCUUCUCUCCCCAAAACGUACACACUUUUUUUCUCUUUCUCCGUUCAUAAUUCAUAAUCAUUACAUUCAACAAAUUCAAAUCCAAAUUUUAUGUUCAGAAAUUAACUAACAUGUUUAACGAGCUCGCGGGAGGGAGCUUUCGAAUUCCAUGGCUGAUUUGGAUUCAACUAAUUGUUCUCUUUCUCCUCUUUGCACUCUUCUAUUGUUUCACAAUCUCUGUUGAUGACGACGCCUCCGUCCCCGCCUCCAUCUUGCCGGAAACUUCCUCCGUCUCGGCUAAAAGCUUCCGUUUCGAGGAGAUUCAACAGAUUGAUAAACCACGGUUAACAGGCUAUAAUGACUCAAUUACCCCUGUUUCAAAUAACGGUCAACACCACGAUAUUAUGCUGAAGGGUGUGCAGAACCUAAGUAUUGAAGGUGAGAUAGAAACAUCUUCAAGCAUGAGAAGCGUAGAGCUUUUGGAGGAGGAAGAGUCUUCAAAGCUGAGUUCCCACCCUUGCAAUUUUUUUCAAUUAGCCACGGUAGCAUUUCUCAAAUGUUUUGGCCUUGAUGAUUCCACGUUUGGUACUUCAUCAAAACAAAAAUGUAGAAAAAGAAAAGAAAGUUGAGUAUAUAAAUGUGAAAACCAUGUUAUUGUAAAUAUCAUUCGUUAAAUAAAAAGUUCAUUCAUUAGUUUUCUUA